GCUGUGUGGUUAAGUCUGCACUUUGUGCAGAAACCUGUCAAGACAUGAAAAAAUUCAUUUUCUUCUGUCUACUUUGUUUUGGAAAUAUGCAAAUCACUUCCAGUGAUGCGUCAGUACAAGGAUCUUCUGAUCUGUUAAGGGUUCAGAUGGGAGCAAACAUCAGUCUGAACUGCAGCAUGACAAACCGAUACGUAAUCGCCUGGUAUCACCUCAGAGCUAAACGAUUCAAUCUACUGAUUUCUGCAGAGACGGGCAUAACAGGGAGAACAUUUCUGACCACCUACAAUCAAAACAGUUCUCAUCUGAAAAUGACUGCAGACACAUGGAUCACCAGAGCCACGCUGGUUAUUUCUGGAGUAACAGAGUCAGAUGUGGGUCUUUAUUUCUGUGGAACAAAGUCUGACACUACAGAGAUGCACUUCGACAAACCCAUCAGUCUAGCGAUCGAGGGUCGACAUGCCGAGGAUCCGUGUACGGUAACAGAUUUCAGUCUGACUUCCAGUUACACCUUCAUUAAGUUAUCAGUGAAGGGAGGAAUGGAAUUGCAAAAAGAAGAUGCUGACAACACAGAUGGAGUGACAACAACAGAGCGGGCAUUGAUGUUCGGUGGUGUUGGUCUGGCUGUGUUUGUGUUUUUUCUGGCUACAGUCAUCGCAGGAGGAAUCAUUCACUAUCAUGGAUGGCAGAAAGGCUGGGCUGCAGCCAAAAACGCUCAUCUCUGAUUCACCACAAAUAAGCUAAAUAACACAUUUAUGUGCCUUAUUUAAAGUCUCAACAUAUCCCUGAACUUUGCACUGCUUUAAAACAGAGGCCUGUCGCUCAGAAGGCUUUUCCUGUUGGCCUGAUCUACUUUCAGUUCUGAGAAACUGAGAUGUUGUAGCAAAUGUCACCUUUUUUUAGCAUAGGUUAUUAUUCAUAUUUGGUUAAUUCGUGCUUGUCAACGAUAUUCUGAUGAGCAGCAAAUUGAUGUUACCGCCACUGUCUUUAAUGCAGCAUUUCUUAAUUCAACAUAUAUGAACAAAAUUCAA